UCCGGCUCUCCGCGCGGAGGCUGCGGCGGGACAGACGGAGGGACAGACGGACGGGUGCGUGGCCUGCAGCCUGGGCCUGGAAGGAUCAUGGCGCCGCUCCGGGAGCGUGCGGGGGCCUGGCUGGCCCUGGCCCUGGCCCUGAGCCUGAGGCCCGGCGCGGCGGUCCCGUGGCAGGACUGCACGGGCGCCGAGUGCCCGCAGCUGGAGAACUGCAUCGAGGAGGCCCUGGAGCCCGGCGCGUGCUGCGCCACGUGCGUGCGGCAGGGCUGCGCCUGCGAGGGCUACCAGUACUACGACUGCGUGCAGGGGGGCUUCGUGGACGGCCGCGUGCCCGCCGGCCAGUCCUACUUCGUGGACUUCGGCAGCACCGAGUGCUCCUGCCCGCCCGGGGGAGGCAAGAUCAGCUGCCAGUUCAUGCUGUGCCCCGAGCUGCCGCCCCACUGCAUCGAGGCCGUGGUGGUGGCCGACGGCUGCCCGCAGUGCGGCCGGCUGGGCUGCGUCCACCGCGGCCACAAGUACGCGGCCGGCCACACGGCGCACCUGGCCCCCUGCCGGGCCUGCCACUGCCCCGACGCCGGCGGGGAGCUCAUCUGCUACCGGCUUCCCGGCUGCCGCGGGAACCUCUCAGACGCCGGGGAGGCGGACCCCGGGCGGCGCCACGAGGACCCGUACAGCUACGGCCAGGAGGCGGCCGAGGCCGAGGCCGCCGCGGCCCUGGCAAGCGAGGUCCGGGCCGGGACGGGGCCCCCCCCGGCUGCCCUGGGAGGGGGGAGCCAGCCCCUGGCCUCCCUCCGGGCGACCCUCUGGCCAGCCGCCCUCCCCCGGCCUACGGCGGCCGCCGCGCUGGGCCCCCCGGCCCCCGUGCAGGCCAGAGCCGGGACGGAGACGGAGGGCACUGCCGAGGAAGGGGACGGAGAAGGGGAGGACGAGGACGGGGAGGACGAGGAAGGGGAGGAGGAGGAAGAGGAGGAGGCGGUGGCCACUGAGCAGCCGGUGACACGCGGCCCCCUGGGGCCCGACGGGCCGCCCACCACAGCCCCCGCCAGACCCGGCCUCCCCGCCCAGGAGAAGGGGGCAGAAGCCGAGGCGGGGCCCGAGGAGAAUCUCAUCCCAGACGCCCAGGCGGUGCCCCGCAGCCGCGGGCGGGAGGGUGCGGGGCCCCUGCCCGGGUCAGGCCCGGGGGCUCUCACCACGACGACGUGGGCUCCCCCCAGCAGCUCCCCGGGGGGCCCCGACGCGCGGAGCACCCACCCCACCCCGCCUGCGCCCGCCGCGGGUGGGACCCCGGCCCCUCCCGCCCCGGAGGCGCUGGAGGAGGAGCCCGGGCAGGCGCGGGGGCUACCCCGACCCCUGGCCGAGGAGGACGUGGACCCCAACUCCGUGCACUCGGGCCCCAGAGGCAGCCCUGGAGGCUCCACCAAGGACCUGAUCGAGACGUGCUGCGCUGCGGGCCAGCAGUGGGCCAUUGACAGGGACGAGUGCCUGGAGGUCCCCGAGGGCGGGAUGGAGGGCGAGGCCUGCAGGACAGCCCAGAAGCACUGCUGCAUCUCCUACCUGAAGGAGAAGAGCUGCGUGGCUGGCGUCCUGCGGGCCAAGGAGGGCGAGGCCUGUGGGGCCGAGGACGACGACAGCUGCGGCGUCUCCCUGUACGAGACCUGCUGUGACUGCUGCAGUCUGGGGCUCCGGGUGAGGGCCGAGGGCCAGUCCUGUGCGUCCAACCCCAAUCUGGGCUACCCCUGCAACCACGUCAUGCUCUCCUGCUGCGAGGGCGAGGACCCCCUCAUGGUGCCCGAGCUCCGCCGGCCUCCCGAGCCCGAGGACGCCCCACGGCGAGUUUCUGAGGCAGAGAUGGCGAGCCGCGAGGCCCUGUCCCUGGGCACAGAGGCUGAGCUGCCCAACAGCCUGCCGGGCGAUGACCAGGACGAGUGCCUGCUGCUCCCGGGGGAGCUGUGCCAGCACCUGUGCAUCAACACCGUGGGCUCCUACCGCUGUGCCUGCUUUCCUGGCUUCUCGCUGCAGGACGACGGCCGCACCUGCCGCCCAGAUGGAGACGGCCCCCAGCCAGGCGCCGCGCGGGAGUCUGCACGGAGGCCGGCGAACGCCCCGGCAGCCCCCAACACCAUCCCGAUGCCCGUGCCCCAGCCCAACACCUGCAAAGACAACGGGCCCUGCAGGCAGGUGUGCAGCAUCGUCGGGGGCUCGGCCACGUGCUCCUGCUUCCCGGGCUACGCCAUUAUGGCGGACGGCGUGUCUUGUGAAGACCGCGACGAGUGUCUGCUGGGCGCUCACGAUUGUAGCCGGCGGCAGUUCUGUGUGAACACCCUGGGAUCCUUCUACUGUGUCAACCACACAGUGCUGUGUGCCGAGGGCUUUAUCCUCAACGCGCACAGGAAGUGCGUGGACGUCAACGAGUGCGUGACGGACCUGCACACGUGCAGCCGCGGCGAGCACUGCCUGAACACCGUGGGCUCCUUCCGCUGCUACACGGCGCUGGCGUGUGAGCCGGGCUACGAGCUCAGAGAAGGAGAGUGCCGAGAUGUGGACGAGUGUGCAACGGGCACACACAACUGCCAGGCCGGCUUCUCGUGCCAGAACACCAGGGGCUCCUUCUACUGCCAGGCCCGCCAGCGCUGCCUGGAGGGCUUCCUGCUGGACCCCGAGGGCAACUGCGUGGACAUCAACGAGUGCACGUCGCUCCCCGAGCCGUGCCGCCCCGGCUUCAGCUGCGUCAACACGGUGGGCUCCUACUCGUGCCAGAGGAGCCCGCUGGCCUGCGGGCGGGGCUUCCACGCCAGCGAGGACGGCGCCCAGUGUGUGGACGUGAACGAGUGCGAGACGGGCGUGCACCGCUGCGGCGAGGGCCAGCUGUGCCACAACCUCCCGGGUUCCUACCGCUGCGACUGCAAGGCCGGCUUCCAGCGAGAUGCCUUCGGCCGGGCCUGCGUGGAUGUGAACGAGUGCUGGGUCUCCCCGGGCCGCCUGUGCCAGCACACGUGCGAGAACACGCCGGGCUCCUACCGCUGCUCCUGCGCAGCCGGCUUCCUGCUGGCCGCCGACGGCAAGCACUGUGAAGACGUGAACGAGUGCGAGAGCCGGCGCUGCAGCCAGGAGUGCGCCAACAUCUACGGCUCGUACCAGUGCUACUGCCGCCAGGGCUACCAGCUGGCGGAGGACGGGCACACGUGCACGGACAUCGACGAGUGCGCGCAGGGCGCUGGCCUCCUCUGCACCUUCCGCUGCGUCAACGUGCCGGGGAGCUACCAGUGCGCAUGCCCGGAGCACGGCUACGCCAUGCUGGCCAACGGCCGGUCCUGCAAGGACCUGGACGAGUGUGCACUGGGCACCCACAACUGCUCUGCCGACGAGUCCUGCCACAACAUCCAGGGGAGCUUCCGCUGCCUGCGCUUCGAGUGCCCCCCGAACUACGCCCGAGUCUCCGAGACGAAAUGUGAGCGGGCCACGUGCCAGGACAUCGCCGAGUGCCAGAACUCCCCGGCACGCAUCACCUACUACCAGCUGAACUUCCAGACCGGCCUGCUGGUGCCCGCGCACAUCUUCCGCAUCGGGCCCGCGCCCGCCUUCGCCGGCGACACCAUCGCCCUGGCCAUCACCAAGGGCAACGAGGGCGGCUACUUCAGCACGCACCGCCUCAACGCCUACGCGGGCGUCGUCUCCCUGCAGCGGCCCGUGCUGGAGCCCCGCGACUUCGCCCUGGACGUGGAGAUGAAGCUGUGGCGCCAGGGCUCCGUCACCACCUUCCUGGCCAAGAUGCACAUUUUCUUCACCUCCUUGGCCCCCUGAGGGGCGGCGCCACCUGCCUGCGCCUGCGCCUUCCUCCAGGGGGCGCCCGGCGCCCCUGUGGCUCCCCAGGGUGGCUCCCGUCUAACUUUGUAACUUAAAUUAAUUUUGCUAACUUGGUUGCUGUCCGUCUCCUCUGCCCCCCCGGGGGGGAGGGGGGACACAGCGGUGGGAUGUCAAGGUCAAGGUCACUGUGAGGCUCUGGAGGUGAGUGGCCAGAGGCUGGAUGAUGCUCUGUGGCCCGGACCCGGCGGCCACGUCAGGACCCCAGACACACUGGUGACCGCCACAGCUGACGGCCCAUCCGUGCCACUGGGAGUCGUUCUCUUAAACCAUUUUAGAGUUUUGUUUCUGUUGUUUAAUUAUGAGGAUAAUACACGUCAUGGGUUUUUCUUAAA